AUGCCUUCACCGCCGGGUGAGGAGGGACAAGAUUUCGACACACGUUUACCGAAAAUGCUACACUCGCCUGAAUACAGCGAUCCAUAUGCCUUGAUUGGUACAUGUAACGAGGAGAGACGCGAAGCUCCGGAAUGGAAUGUUGACGACUUAGCCGACAAGCCCUAUCUAGCUCAUGUGAAGCUGCUCUCGCAAUCCUGGAGGCCGCUGCAACAACUGGCCGAUUGGCUUCAAAUCGGCACCGCACCUUCACAAUGGAAGUAUCUAAAGCAAGCGAAAUAUCAAAUCGAGCGAGAAGAGCGACUCAAGCGGACCAAUCUUACAAUCAUUGAGUAUCACCCAGGACAGGACCCAACGGCAAAACUGGUCACAACAGCUCUUGACUUGAAGGAAAUUCUGUCCAAUCUUGAGCACGAGCCUAACGAAAUACCACCCACUCGGCUGUUCAUUGUCGAGGAUCUCUCGCGAGAGGUCAUAGAAUUACUUGGUUCGGCCUUUGACGUCGAUCCCUUAUUCUUCCGUGAACAUAUCGAAGACUAUGUAUGGCACAAUACACGCGACCCAUGGGCGAUGCCUCCGAGUCUUAUGUCGAGCAUAAAACGACGAUCAUGGUUCCGCGUACGUAAUGCGAGACUUCGGUAUUACGCCGACUCCGAUUCUUUCAUGACUGCGAAACUGGAAGCAAAUUACUGGAACGUACUUCGCCGACCGGACGACGACAACAAUCAUUGGCAGUAUAGAGAUGCGGAUAAUGCUGUUGUAUCGAUCACACGGACAAAAUCAACCAUCUGGAUUGGAGCGGAUAAGAACCGUACAGGUGGGACAGUGUGCAUAGUCCUUCUAGAUCCUACCACCAAGGAAGGGAAGCCACUUUGGUAUGAUCGUGCCAGUUGGCUGCCCACACUCAGCAUGAAAGAACCCAAUAUGCCUGAAUUGUCAAAGCUUUCCAAAUCAUGGUACAAGGAUAUCGUCCAAAUGACGCUGAUGUAUCCGUGGUUCGAACCUCAUGGCGAUCAUGAUACGGUUGACCCUCGAGUGUUCGCACUCCCUACGAUAUACACGAUUUCGGCUGAGUGGCUGAUCGUUUGUGACUACGUCAAGGCACGGCUCAGCCAAAUCGAGUGGGAGCUCGAGCUGCCAAAGGUUUUCCGUGCUGGUUCACGAAUCGAGGACUCGUCACGACGUCUAUUCACCUGGCGUCGCCAGAUCCCCAUCUUCCGCGAGAUGAUCACAGAAACUCUAGAUCAAGCAAUACCAGUCGCGGUACACCUUACAUCGGGUGUGAUGAAUGAUUUCGACGAGACUAGACUUGAAUUUGACAGGAUACUCAGAAUCGUGGACGACCUGCAAGUCCGGGUCGAGCGCUUGACUGCUGAGAUCAACGCCGCGGCAUCUCUAGAAGAUGCAAGACGCAGUGGGCAAGAGAAUCACUCACUUGCUCGGUUGACCUGGCUUGCAUCAAUUUUCAUUCCGCUCACGUUUGUUACUGGCUUGUUCAGUAUGAACGAAGACAUCGCGGCGCUGGCAACGACAUACAAAUGGUUCUUUGCCACCGGGAUCCCUUUCACGGUAAUUUUGGCUGCACUUGGAGUGAUUUUGAAGAGCAGUUGGUGGAAUGAAAAGCAGGACAAAAAUGCACGUCGAAGGGAGGCAAGGAAGCGCAACAAGAGGAGCGACCCGACAUUGGAAUAUUUGGAACGCAGGAAGAGUGCGAAGCGAUGA